AUGGCUCCUCCUCUUCCUCUGGUCUUUCUGCUCAUGAUUGGUGGAGCUUUUGGAACAAAGUGGAGUGUGAAGUACAACCAACAGGAAAUAUGUGCUUUAAAAGGAUCCACAGUGUUUAUGAAUGGAACUUAUACUCACCCAGAACGUCUUACAGUGACAGAGAAUUUUUGGUUCAUAUGUCCAGUUCAGAAUGUGGAGCCGACUGAUCUGAGUAAAAACCCAGAUUAUUCAGGCAGAGUCGAGUAUUUAACUGAUGAACAGAAACACUUCUCCCUCAAACUGAGUGAUGUGAUGGAGAGGGAUGAACAUCAGUUCUGCUUCAGAAUCAUAACAAAUGUGGAAAGAUGGACAGGUUUUCCUGGAGUUCAGCUCAGAGUUACAGAGCUCCAUGUGGAAACUCCUGAAGAAGUGACAGAGGGAGAAACAGCAGAUCUGACCUGUAAAACCACCUGCAGUCUGACUGACCCAACAUUCAUCUGGUACAAAAAUGGACAUCCUUUAACCACAAAGACCAUCAAGAACAACCAGCUCCACCUGCAGACAGUCAGCAGUGAGGAUGCAGGCAGUUAUAGCUGUGCUGUAAGAGGAUAUCAACAUCUCCACUCUACUGCUCACAACCUCAGAGUCAGAUAUCCUCCAAAGAGCAUCUCAGUGUCCAUCUUUCCCUGUGGUGAAAUAGUGGACGGCAGUUCAAACGCUGACCCCGAUGCUAAGGACGACACGUACUCAGCUCUUCAGCCCACAGCCAGGUCCUCUGAUGAUGUGUACCACACACUUGCAACUGUUCAGUCCAGUUCUCCUGAUGACCCGUACACAGCUCUGGACCCUCAGUCCAGUUCUCCUGAGUAA